AUGUUCAACGAGAUAGAGGGACAGCAUGAUGAUGUGGCUAAAAGUACUUUCAAGGCCGGUCUUCCAGCCGAGCAUGAUUUGAGGAAGUCUUUAACUGGUAAACCUGUUACUAGUAUACAUCAAUUGAUGGAUUGGAUUGACAAGUAUAGAAGAGUAGAAGAAGAUCAACUGCAGGGAAAGGGAAAGGCUAAGGUAAUCCCUCAGGAGAGGAGCGGUUUCAGGUUGGACCGGUACAACAAUAACCGACCUCGGAAAGACUUUGUUGAGCAGUCAAGUUCUGCCCACACCCAGGCGGUUAAUGCUGUGUUUCGGGAGUCGAUGCAACAGGUGCUGGAGAAGAUUAAGAAUGAACCAUUUUUUAAAUGGACCAACAAAAUGGCAGGAGAGCCUACGAGACGCAACCAGAAUCUUUACUGCCAUUAUCAUCAAGAUCAUGGACACACAACUGAUGAUUGUAGAAAUUUAUGGGACCAUCUAGAACAACUAGUCCGAGAAGGGAAGUUGAAGCAACUCUUGCACCACUCCAGUGGUCGAGUAGGCCAAGCAGGCUCGAAGAUGCUGGGAGAUGCUUCUUCAAGACUCCCCCUUGGCACAAUAAACGUUAUUUUUGCUACCCUGAGGAGGACUGGCUCUUGUCCAUCCAGGGUACUGUCAGUAUCCCGAUCUCCAGUCGAGGAGUAUAGCUCAACGUCUAAAAGAGCCAGGAUGGACAUCCCGUUGGUCUUGGGCUUUUUAGAUGAAGACAAAGUAGGAACCAUACAGCCGCAUGAUGAUGCUCUGGUGGUCACACUGAGAAUCGGCGGGUACGAUGUAAGAAGAGUAAUGGUUGACCAGGGCAGCGCUGUUGAUAUAAUGUACCCUGACUUAUACAAGGGGCUAGGUUUAAAGCCUGAGCACUUGACAACUUACAGUUCACCUCUGGUGAGUUUUGAGGGAAGAAUGGUCAUCCCAAAAGGUCAGAUCAGGCUACUUGUGCAGGCCAGUACGAAUGUGGUGGAGGUGGACUUCAUCGUUGUAGAUAUUUUCUCUCCAUACAUGGCUAUUAUGGGCCGACCUUGGCUCCAUACCUUGGGGGCGGUCUCCUCUACCCUACACCAGAAGGUAAAGUACCCAUCCGGAGGCCAAGUUUUGGAAAUAGUAAAAAGUCAGGUUGCAGCCCAGCAAUGCCUGGUAGCGGCUAUCCAACAUCGGCCAGAGGCGGAGACCCUGACUACCGCCGAUAAUGGUUUAUAG